GUAAAUAAAUAACCGGUUGAGCCUCCUCAAGUUGUCAACAUGUACACUUUGGCUGGUGUAUCUGGGGCCGGAGUUGCAAGGCAAGCCAGACCAAGUCCGAGUCCCGAUGCUCUGUCGUCCAAGACUUCUACACCGCGGAGUAUGAUGAGUGUCGCACCGUCUGCUGGCGAUUAUGAGGAACCCCAAGCACCGCCACGGCAUCCCAUAGCAGAGGGUAACUUGCGUCUGCUACAUACAGUGGAGUGCACCCAGGAUGUCAUGUGUUGUCGUUACAAUGACGACGGUACGCUGCUGGCUGUUGGAUGUGUCGACGGCAGCAUAAAGGUAUAUUCCACAGACACUGGUUCGGCGCUGUACAACCUGACGGAUCAAGAGACACAAGAUUCCCACCUGCCAUGCACAAGCAUUGUCUUCAGACCAUACAAGGAGGGGGACAAGUCCCUGAACCUACUGCUGGCAACUUACGCUAGCGGAAUGGUGAAAUUCUGGCACACAGCGACUGGAGAUUGCCUGCAUACUACCCAUGAGAUCAGACAGACACUGACAGUAGCUUACAACAAGGAUCAUUCCAUGUACAUCACGGCGGGAUCGGAUGAGAAAAUCAACGUGUACGAUGAUAAAACUAGAAAGAAGAUCUUCACUUGCCAGCCCAGUCCUUCCAUGAGUGUGAUGGACGGCCAUCGUUUCAGGGUCUUUUCUCUCAAGUUUCAUCCCGACAAGGUAGAUGAGUUUGUCUCUGGAGGCUGGGAUGACACUGUACAGUUCUGGGAUGUCAGGACAGAACACUCCAACAGGAAAAUCUGUGGUCCACAUGUAUGCGGCGAUGCCAUAGAUAUCGACCCCUACCAUAACCACAUAGUGACUGGCUCCUGGAGAAAAGACUACAAUUUACAGAUCUGGGAUUACGCCAAGAGCAAUCUCAUACGCACAGUGCCGCAAGACUUCAAUAACUCCCUGCUUUACUGUGCCCAGUGGCUAGGCAAGGACCAUGUCUUAGUGGGAGGCUGCGAUGCCAACAUGGUCCGUGUCAUCGACAGGGGAACACUACAGACAACAGGUAGACUGGUCGACCUGCCCCGCGGCGUUUACUGCCUGGACAACAACCGGAAAGGCGCGGUCCCCAAAUUUGUGGCCGGCUCAGCGAGAAAUCUAUACUUCAUGGAAAUGAAACAGACUUAAAAACCUUGAAAAGAAAAUGAUGGACCAAAUUGUGCCUUGUUUUAAUUUUAGCUGUAAACAGUAGAUUGAUUUUGUACAAAAAAAUGGCCCACCAGGUUAUGCCCUGAUGUUGGACGGGAGAGUACUGUAUUGUGUGCAUGGACAUGAGAGGGCGCUGUUUCAUUUCGCAGGGAAUUCCUGUUUGAAGGUAUGCUUGCACUGGCUCAUGCAUGCUGUGCAUACGUUUAUGAAUGGAGGCAGGUAGACUGGUUUCCACUCCCUCCAUUAUUGCUUUGAGUUUGAAUAAUGGAGGCUGGAACCAGUCUUGAGAUGUGGGCUAUAGACCUUCCUUUGCCAACCCCUGGUUGGCACUUUUUGCCAACCAAAAUUUGCAAAAAUAAAGAAUAGUUAUUAAUGUUUGCAAACAUAUCAUUAGAUUGUUGGAAAUAUAAAUAACCAACAAAUGCUACCAAAGACUUAAUAAAAAUGUGUCUUUCUUACAUAAUGAGGGUGUUAAUUUGCAAUUUGUUGGCAAAUCUGUUGUCAACAACGGUUUAAAUUUAGGCCCUUUUGGCAGUCCAUAAAAAUGGCACUCAGUGUUGACAAACAGAAGGGUUUAUACUGAAUAUUGCACUGUUGUGUUUGUGAUGUACACAUGUAUAAUUCAAUGGGUCUGUCGCACAUGGCAGACGAGAUGGCUCCCAAAUGUCCUGCAAGCCUCUCUCCUUUUCACUAUCGAGGGCGCCCUUGUGCAUGAAGUCCAUAGCUGUUUAUCAUUUCAGUUUUUCAGUUUCUUAAACCAUUCAUUUGAAGGAAAUAUUUCAAAUGGCACUUUGUUCAUGUUUAACAAAUUUAAUGCCAGACUUUUAUCUGUAAUUUAUCUAAGUAAAGUUGGUGUGUUGUGGCAGCUGCAGCUUUUGUUCUUGUCUUGGUUUUGAAGUUUGAAUUUAUGAACAAAUAAUUAAAUGGAUAAUUUUGUGAUUGUUUGUGGUGAUGAAAUUACAGGUUCUGCAAAAGUGCAACGACCCUUUAUCACACUAGUCUUGGGACAAGGCUGGAUUUGUCUUUGAUUCCCUGGUAGAGGCGCUAUAUAUCAACAAGAUGAAUCGAAUGCAAUCUUGGAAACUUUGGCAGUGCUACCCAGAAAAAUUCUGAACAUACCUGGCAUGCAUGCAUUAGCUUGAAUGCACCCUGCAUGAGGUAUGCUUGGAAUUCCCUGGGUAGCAGUGCCAAAAUUCCCAGCACUGAAUUUGAUUUAUGAUGCCUCCUUCCACUUGUGGCUUUUUACUGCACUUGUUGAAUACCAACUAGGAAUAAUUAGGACUCGUAUUCAGUUGUAAAAUAAUUUGUAUUCUCUUGUACAUAAUUUUGCAGUCUAUGUAUAAUUUCAGUGUGCCGUCCAGCGUUUAUGCCAGUUAAAAGUUUUAGAAUCCACCAAUAUUUGGUGCUUUUCAGUUUUUGUUGAUCAACUUGAACAAUAGAUAAGCAGUUCUUAUAAGACAGUAAUAACACUUUGAAAUUCCUGAGCGAAGUUGUACAACUUUGCUAAGUGCUUCAAAAUUUAAAACGUGUACCACUGCAGCACUCUCAGCUAGAAAGGAAAAGUUACAAGUCAUCUCUUUGGUUUACUUGUAACGGUUCUAUAAUUUUUAAUAUCACAUUGAACAAUUUUACGCAUUAAUAUUCUGUAAAUUUACAUUUAAAACAAAACAUAACAUAAUGAUGCGAAGAUAAAACCCGUCAAAUAACAGAAAGCAGCAGACUUACAAAUUUCAUUUGUUUUUUUAAUUUAUAAAAACAUUAAUUAAAAUGUAAUUCAAUGCUGUCUUUGUAAAUUUCUGUUCAGUUGAUUCCUUAGAAGUAACUAAAAUGUUAAAAUUGUAUAAAGUCUUCUAGUCAUUUGAAUAAAAUGCAAGGCUUUUCUGUUGAA